AUAUCUUCAUGAUGGAUUACAACACAACAACUAGGGCACUGAAAUUAAUCGAGGAAUCAUUGAACAUCAUUCAUUUUGAAAUAGGAGAAGAGGAGGAAGAAUUCCCUGAACUUCAGGAAUAUCAUUCAUCAACUAAACCAAGCUCCAAGGCUAGACAUUUUGCAGGGACUAGCUUUUAGUGGUAAAAAUAAUUCCUCUUCACUCAACCAGCAAUAUAUUGAAGAAGGCUAUGAGUCUCAUGAGGGAGAUGUCGACCAUGUUAUCCCUUAUUAUUAUGGCAAUAAAAACAAUACCAUCAAAAUCCCAGUGAAGAAGAGAUUUAAUGAAGAUUCACCUAAUUUCAGGCCAGAUUCAAACGGAAUUGAGGGAACUUCUUCAGAGAUCAUGACUGAAGAUGAUGAUCUGAAAGAGAUUUUUGUCAACCAGGAUUAUGACAACAAGCCCUUUCGAGUACGAAAAAUUAAGAAGAAUAUUGUUAAACCUCCUUUACAACCGAAGCUACAGAAGCCUGAAUACCAUACUGUGGAGAAUACAUCGAAGCCUAAUUCUCAGGACUCUGGGUCAUUUUCACAGCUGUUUUCUAAAAACAACAUUGAAGAGGUCUAAAGACAGAUGGAAUUGAUAGAGAAUUCACUCCUCAGAAAGAGUUGGACAACAGCAAUCAUUCUUUGCAUCUUUCUGAGGGGAAAUUUAAGAAUCUCUCAUUCGGACAGGAGUUUACUGUUAGUCAGAAGCACAACCCAAACCCACAUAUAGCGUCUAAAAUAGUGGUUGUCAGCUCUAGAAGGGUGAAUAGUGAUAAAUAAAGCUAAAAAGACAAAGAAAAAGGUUAUUAAAGUUAAGAAAAGAGGUUCUAAAAAGACACAUACCUUGAACAAUUCGUUAUCAGACUCUCAUAUGAAGAAGAGUCAGGGAAAGAAAGGGAAUAUAUUUAAAGUUAGACGUAAUACUGGCCAUGAGCUUCAAUGAUUAAAGAACCAGAAAACCAAUUCUGAGCAUAAGCAAAGAGUUAUUGAUAUUUAGAGCUUGCAGU